UAGAUGUUUAUUGAGUCGAAGAUACUAUAGAUUUCCCACAAUGCACUCGAUCACGUUCAUGCAACAUAACCUCUUCAUUCAGGUUAUGUUUUACAGUGUUUCAGACAGAAGCCAGUUGAUGAUAAUAUAAACACGUGUUAAUUAUCAUGGAUUCAGAUAUUGAAAUUGAAGGAGAAAACAUUGAACAAGACAAAAUAAAACAUUUUCACGAAUUUGGAUUGGAUGAUAGAAUUUUAAAGGCAAUAGCGAAGCUUGGAUGGAUAGAACCUACUGUCAUACAAGAAUCAACAAUUCCAUUACUAAUUGAAGGCAAAGAUGUAUUAAUAAGAGCACGAACAGGAUCAGGAAAAACAGCAGCUUUCGCUAUUCCACUGAUUCAAAAAAUUCUCUCUACUAAAUCCCAACAAAGUCAUCAAGAAACUAAAGCUCUUAUCUUGGCUCCAAGCAAAGAAUUAUGCAAACAAAUUUAUCAGGUUUUUAUUGAUUUAACAAUUAAAUGUUCUAGAGAAGUCAGAAGUGUUGACGUCAGUCCUCAAGCUGAUUUGAACACACAGAAGCCUUUGUUAGCUGAAAAGCCAGAUAUUGUCAUUGGUACUCCAAGUCGUGUCUUACAGCAUUUAAAAGCAGGAAAUAUUAAACUGAAAAAAAGUUUAGAGACUCUAAUCAUCGAUGAAGCUGAUUUAAUGUUUUCAUUUGGUUAUGAAGAAGACGUGAAAGCGGUUUUAGGAUAUCUUCCAACUGUUUAUCAAGCAGCUUUAGCAUCAGCAACUCUUUCUGAAGAUGUUCUAUCAUUAAAGAAAUUAGUGCUUCAUAAUCCUGCCGUUUUAAAACUUGAAGAACCUCCACUAGCUCCUCCAUCACAAUUAGCUCAUUACAGUCUAGCUGCCGAAGAGAAUAAUAAAGCCGCUAUUUUAUACGCACUUUUAAAAUUACAUCUUAUUCGAGGGAAGAGUAUAAUAUUUGUCAAUACUGUGGAUAGGUGUUAUAAAUUGAAAUUAUUUUUAGAACAAUUUGGAAUUCCUACUUGUGUAUUAAAUUCGGAAUUACCAGCAUCAUCAAGAUGUCGAGCAGUUACGCAAUUUAAUGUUGGAACUUACGAUAUUAUAAUUGCAUCUGAUGAAAAAGCUUUGGAAGAGCCUCAUUUAAUUAAAGACAAGAAGACUAAACGCAAGAAAGAUAAGGAAUCUGGAGUUGCCCGUGGAAUUGAUUUUCAGUAUGUAUCAAAUGUUAUUAAUUUUGAUUUUCCAUUAGAUGUUAAUUCUUAUAUUCAUCGAGUUGGAAGAACUGCAAGAGGAAAAAAUCAAGGAACUGCUCUGAGUUUUGUUUCUGUCAGAGAAAGACCAUUGUUAGACGAAGUGGAAAAUCAAUUAAAAGAUAGUUAUGGUCGUGAACACUUAUUUAAAACUUACCAGUUUAAGUUGGAAGAAGUAGAAGGGUUCAGGUAUCGAGCUAGAGAUGCUUGGAAAGCAGUAACAAGGAUUGCAGUCAGAGAAGCGAGAUUAAAAGAAAUUAAACAAGAAGUAUUGAACUGCAAUAAACUGAAGAGCUACUUUGAAGAUAACCCAAGAGAUUUGCAAUCUCUAAGACAGGAUAAAGCAUUACACACUGUCAAAAUUCAACCACAUCUAAGAGAUGUUCCUGACUAUAUUGUCCCACCAUCAUUGAAAAGAUUAAUAGGUCUUGGGAAAAGAAAAAGAAAAUUCAAUCGUGAAAUUUCAACAUCUGGUGCUACUGCUACUAAAUCCAAACAUGACGCCAGAGCCUCUAAUCCUUUAAUUAGUCUUAGUAUACCAAACAAAAAGAAAAAAUAAAUAGAUUAUUAUUAGAGAAUGAAUGUGUUAAUUUUUAUAUUUUUAAGUAUAAAAAAUACAAAUUAAGAUAGAAAAAUU